UGCAUUGCCCACGUGACAUUAGCUUGACUCCGAGUAAGCUAGCAUUGCGUCCGGCGCAUCUUAUACGGUUGAAUUAAAAAACAAACCAAAAAACAUUAGAAAUAAUGUCCGGAAGUGCGGGAGAGUGGUGUCUUAUGGAGAGUGAUCCCGGUGUGUUCACGGAGCUGAUAAAAGGUUUCGGCUCCAAAGGUGCCCAGGUCGAAGAGAUAUGGAGUAUGGAGCCGGAGAACUUUGACAACCUGAAGCCUGUCCACGGGUUGAUUUUCCUCUUUAAGUGGCAAGCAGGAGAAGAACCAGCUGGAUCAAUAGUGCAGGAUUCAAGACUGGACCACAUAUUCUUUGCAAAACAGGUCAUUAACAACGCUUGUGCCACCCAGGCAAUCGUCAGCGUUUUGCUCAACUGCACCCAUGCUGACAUGUCACUUGGAGACACACUAACCGAGUUCAGAGAGUUUUCACAGAGUUUUGAUGCCGCAAUGAAAGGUUUGGCUCUCAGCAACUCUGAAGUUAUAAGACAAGUUCACAACAGCUUUGCCAGGCAACAAAUGUUUGAGUUUGAUGCCAAGUCCUCUGCAAAGGACGAGGAUGCAUUUCACUUUGUGAGUUAUGUUCCGGUAAAUGGUCGACUUUAUGAGUUGGAUGGACUUCGAGAAGGACCAAUUGACCUAGGUGUGUGCAACCAAGAUGAUUGGAUCAGUGCUGUCCGUCCAGUCAUUGAAAAAAGAAUACAGAAGUACAGUGAAGGAGAGAUUCGUUUCAACCUAAUGGCCAUUGUGUCAGACCGAAAGAUGAUAUACGAGAGGAAGAUUGCAGAGCUUCAGACACAGCUUACUGAGGAUGAGCCAAUGGACACAGAUCAGAGCAGCACCUUUUUAAGCUCCAUUCAGUCGGAAAUCGCCAAGUAUCAACUCCUAAUUGAUGAGGAAAAUCUGAAACUUAAAAGAUAUAAGGUUGAAAACAUUAGGAGAAAGCACAACUAUCUUCCCUUCAUAAUGGAGUUAUUGAAGACACUGGCAGAGCACCAGCAGCUAAUUCCUUUGGUGGAGAAGGCAAAGGAGAAACAGUGCGCCAAAAAAUCCCAGGAGGCCAAGUAAUCAUGAUCACACUUCUGAAAAAGGCCUUUUGUUAUGUACACACACACACACACACACAAACACACACACACACACUCUCACUGAGGCCUACAGUCAUGAUCUUUUUGCCUGUUAGCCAUAUAUAAAUUGUGUACAUCUGCCAUAUGCACAUUUGCAGCACUUUUUCACUGUGUUAUUGCAUCCAGACUUCAGAACUGUGUUGCAGGUGUAGCAGAGAGUGUCCAUGUGUGUUCAUCAGGUUCCGUGCAUGAUCGAAGGAAACAUGUUGAAAUUGUCUUAUUUUCAUAAUAAAAGUGUCAAUAAAUUUGCAAA